AUGACGGGCAACAGCGAUGCUGUGUACAGUGCAGCUAUUGAGAAAGUCGACAGUGUUGAGAGGGCUAUUGAGCUUCUUGAGUCCAAGGAACUAAUUCCGGGUGGGCAACCAAUGAGCCUGCUAAUAAUACGAGACAGCCUAUUGCAUCUCACUCGUGCGGCUGCUCCCGCUGCAACCACUGUGGAAUGCCUUGUCGCAUUCUCUCGAAUUGCUGACACCGUCGAUAUGGAACUGAUCACCUCGGAAGUGGCAAAUCAAGUAUGCCACAAGACCAUGGCGGCCUAUAACAUACUCGAUGACGGAGUCGACAAACUAGAGCAACCUCGAAUUGAGCUGGAAGGAUGUGUGAACCGGGUGAAGGAGCAGAUUAGAUGGGGCGGCAGUGCAUGGCACAGCUCGGGCUCCGCUGACACAGCCGCUCUGACUCACCGGCCCCCGGGGCCGCUGAUAGGCGCCAAGCCCCUCUGGGCCCCGAUUCACCUCUUUUCGGCACUCGCAUCCCGCCCGGCACUUCGACUCAGUCUCCCAACACUUCGAUUUCGCCUUCGACGCUCUUCGACACCUUCGACGGUGUGCGACACUUACUCGAAGCUCGGCACGGUCUUCCCGAUGCCUCGUGCGUAG